CAUUUUGGGCGUUUUCGUUCUCUUCUUUUAUUUUUUAUUCCCAUCACACCCUUGACCCUGUUGUAAAGAUAAAACCACUUUUUUCACUCCAACAUUUCUGCAUAUCUCGGAUAAAAAGAAAGUCAAACAAAGCACAAACUCGUCAGCACAACUCGCUGAGUCGACUCACCUAGUCACCGAGAAGAUGAAUCGCCUGGUGACGAACUCGUCCAUGUUGAUGAUGAUCAGAGCAUCCUCUUCGGCGCUUUCUCACUCCUCCGUUAAUGGAAGCCGUCGUAUUCUCAUCGGCGGUGGUUUUAUUUCGCCGGAGGUUCAGCGUUGGAGCUUCGCGACGCCAGAGUGGCGCCGGAGUAUGUCGUCAUCGCCGACGCCGUCGAAGGAGAAAGCGGUUGAGGAGAGAGAAAAUACGAAGGUAGAUAAGAUGGAGAAGAAGAAGGAUGAUCUUCCGUUGGUUUCUAGCUACUGGUCGGUUCCCAGGCAUGAAAUUACGAAGGAGGAUGGUAGCAAAUGGGCGUGGAAUUGUUUUAUGCCAUGGGAGACUUAUGAGGCAGACUUGUCAAUUGAUCUGAAAAAACAUCAUGUACCAAAGACAUUUGUGGACAAAGUUGCCUUCAGGACAGUGAAACUCCUGAGAAUUCCUACUGAUAUUUUCUUCAAGAGGCGGUAUGGUUGCCGUGCAAUGAUGCUUGAAACAGUGGCUGCUGUUCCUGGUAUGGUUGGUGGGCUGCUUCUGCAUUUAAGGUCUCUACGUAGGUUUGAGCAGAGUGGUGGAUGGAUCAAAGCAUUGCUUGAAGAAGCUGAGAAUGAGAGGAUGCACCUGAUGACACUGGUGGAGCUUGUACAGCCCAAAUGGUACGAGAGGGCUUUGGUUCUUGCUGUGCAGGGAGUUUUCUUUAACUGCUAUUUUGUACUCUAUUUGGUUUCCCCUAAGCUGGCACACAGAGUGGUUGGUUACUUGGAGGAAGAGGCAAUCCAUUCAUACACAGAGUUUCUCAAAGACAUAGACAGUGGUGCGAUUGAAAAUGUGCGCGCUCCUGCUAUUGCCAUUGACUACUGGAGGCUACCAAAGGAUGCCACUCUGAAGGAUGUUAUAACUGUUAUCCGUGCUGAUGAAGCUCACCAUCGUGAUGUCAACCACUUUGCCUCUGAUGUCCAUUUCCAGGGCAGGCAACUGAAAGAAGCACCAGCUCCUGUCGGUUAUCAUUAGAUCGAUCCAUUUUGAACAGUCUGUGUUUUAUUUUCACGUCUUCUAGGUUGGAUAUGCAUAUUGCUACGUAUAUAAGCUCCUGAAAGGUACAGGCGCAUAAAUCUUUGCAAAGCUUCUGAAAUACUGUAAGAAGUGAUUACUUAUAGAAUAUUAAAAUAGAAGAAGUCUCAUUUUAAUAUGUUGGCAAGUUGAUCUGUUUGUUUGUAUGAUACUCUUGCUACUCCUGUGAUUUAUACAAAUACAGGCACGUCAAUUCUUUUUUGAGUA